AUGGCAGAGGCACAGGAACAGCCACAGGCUCAACCUCAGCCUGAACCGGCCUCUGCCGUUGCUGAAGAACCAGUCCAUGCCCUCCCGCCAGUACUGCCCAAGUCCUGGCCAGAGCUUUCGUCACCACACCCGUCACAAGCUUCCUCGGGACAGGAUAAGUCAAAAGAGGCACAGACCUGGGCUCCCACGCCGCCUGAGGCAGACACCAAUGCCUCCCAACAGCAGGAGCGCAUUCGUCAAUCCCCGAAUCCUCAACCGCCCGAUGCAGCUCGACGGCCAGAAAUAGGUACCACACAAGAGUCGGAGAAGGAGCCAUCGCAAGAGAAGGGACUGGAGGAUCAGGGUUACCAACUACAACAGGAUCACGUUUCGGAUGGUCCGAUCUCAGAGUCGACGUCAACAUCAACACCACCACCGCCGCCGCCGCCGCCUAUCUCUUCGUCCGCCCUUGUGACGGAGGAGACCACUGUCGCUACUGACCAAUCUAAAGCCUCUAUAACGCCAACAUCCCCAUCCACAUCCGUUGGCCGCAGUGCCGCUUCUCGGGACCAGCAAAAAGAGCAAAAAGACCAGGACAGGCAGAAGGAGAAGCACGGCGCCACCGGGCCCUCACCGGAAACGAUGUCGCAUAAUCCACCCCAUAUCCCUGGGACUUCUCGCCAGCCUCUCCCUUAUUCAACGCCAUCAACGUACGCAACAGGAGGCAUGAGCAAUACGCACUAUGGUUAUGCAAAUACAGCCCCUCAGGCACACGACCCCUACAGAGCAGGCCCUCAUGCGACGACGAACAACACAAUACCGCUGCCGAGCAUGCGCACAUUCGACCAGAUGCAGCAGCAACCCCAGCAACAGCAACAACACAUGGCUAUGUCUAUACCUGUGUCGCCGGUACCCCCAGUCCCAGGACAACAGUCCAUGUAUUAUGGACAGCAAGUGCCAAUGGGCGGCAUGGGAGGUAACCCGUAUGCUAGCUUAUCCCCCGAGGCGAUGGGCCAGCGGUACGCUUUGCCUCCCGGCGGGCCGGGUGCGGUGCUGCAGGCUGGCCGCCAUAAGAAGCGUCGAACCAAAACAGGCUGUUUGACAUGCCGCAAACGGCGUAUCAAGUGCGACGAAUUACAUCCCACCUGCAAGAACUGUCAAAAGUCCAAGCGCGAAUGUCUUGGGUACGACCCCAUCUUCAAGAACCAGCAACAGAACCAGCAACAACAACAACAACAACAACAACAGCCUCAACAAUCACCGCAACAAUCUCAUCAAUCGCAAACAGUCCAGCAAUCACAUCACGCAACAAGCAACCUUCACUCAACCCAGAAUUCCGCUACCCCAACCUCUGCCUCCUCUACCUCUUCUCUCCCUCAUAGCGCGCCAUCUGUAUCUGCCUCCGCCUCCACCCCACUAACACCUAGCACCACCGCAUCUUACACGGCUAUGCCAUCGGGCAUUCCCAGCGCUGCCCCUCCGCCGGCGCCAACCUACAGUCCGGGCUUGGCAUCUCUAGGAACCUCGGUCUCCAACGCCAAAGGCGAAGGCCAUCCCUACCAUACGAUGGAUCACUCUCUGGAUAGUGUUCUCACACCCUCGAGUAUGUCGACCUCCCAUUUCCCAGCGACCACACCAGUCAUCCCCCAUGUUGUUGAUUACAGAGUGAAAGGGCCACCGCAUCUGAGAGGAGGCGGUCCCUCUUUUGUUCCCUUGCAUUCAACUUCCUCGCAUGCUCCGCAAUCGCCAUUUAUGGAACGAUCCCCGGCUUACACUGGUAUUUCAGUACGCAAAAUGAAGGUUCGGGAGCUUGUUGUCCUAGGAAGUACGGCGCCUCCACCCAUAGAUGCUCCAUUGAGCCAGGAUAAGCUCGUCGAGGUUCAUGAUCUCUAUGAACAGGUCUAUGCCCCGGGAUUGGAGAAGUUCUUCGAGUCGGAUUGGUACCUCAAACCCUAUGGGCCAAAUGCCUUGGCAUCUAAUGAGCGCGUUCAAGAAGUACUUGCGGCCUUUCUGCAGUCACUGUCUGCAACGACCACUAACGAUGUCGCUGGGAUGUCAUAUUCGGCUAACCUCGAGUUUCGUGUGGUUUGGGAGCUAGCUAUAUUGGUUUAUUCAGCCGAGUUCAAGGUCAAUAUGAGUCAUGGUCUGCCGCCCACAGAUGACGGGAACGAGGUACGCAAUCGAGUAGCUGUCUUUGAGACUCUACUCGCAGGGGAUUUUCUCGACCAUAAUCCACUCAGGCCUCCUCUCGAGCAUCCAGAUAACUCCGUCUAUCAUCGAAACCGAGAACUCAGGUUUUGGCAUAGUCUAGCUGAAUUUCUGCUCAUCAGAGAUCAGCCUGGCAUGGACGUCACGCCUCAACGAGAUGUCAUACUUGCGCAGCUUCGCGAGCUGCUGGACGGGAGAGAGAAUCGGGACGUAUUAUACUCGCUAACAGUUAUUCGAGCCUUGACGCACAAGUUCCCCCCCGAUUUCGAAAGCACACUCCCUCCCCAUCUAGACGAGAGCGACCCGAAGAGUAAGCUAGCUGUGGCCCGGAAGUUCAUUCUAGACGAGGCACGGGUUACCGGGGGUACUACGAACGUCGUUCGACGUUUUGCCGAACUCGGCCAAAGGGCAUUCAUAAACCCUGCAUGCAAUAUUGCUCGGUGA